AUGGAUGGGAUAUCUGAAUUUGCUGAAUAUGUCUCUGAGACAGUGGAUGUCCCAUCGCCCUUUGAUCUCCUGGAACCCCCAACCUCAGGGGGUUUUCUAAAGCUCUCCAAGCCCUGCUGCUACAUAUUCCCAGGAGGAAGGGGGGACUCGGCUCUCUUCGCUGUCAACGGGUUCAACAUUCUGGUUGAUGGUGGCUCAGACAGGAAGUCCUGUUUCUGGAAGCUGGUCAGACAUCUGGAUAGGAUUGACUCAAUUCUGCUGACCCACAUCGGGGCUGACAAUCUCCCAGGCAUUAAUGGACUCUUGCAGAGGAAGAUCGCUGAGCAGGAAGAAGAGCAGUCCCAGGGCUCCACUAACUACAGUGACUGGAUAAAGAACCUUCUGUCUCCAGAGCUCGGGGUGGUUUUCUUCAAUGUUCCUGAGAAGCUCAGAAUGCCAGAGUCCUCCAUGAAAGUCAAAAGAAGCAUCGCAGAAGCCAGCCUGACCCUCCAGUACCUCAACAGGCUAAGCAUUAAGCCGGAGCCUCUCUACAGAGUGGUCACCAAUAUUGUUGAGCCAAUCACUCUGUUCCACAAAAUGGGCGUUGGGAAAUUGGACAUGUACAUCUUGAACCCCGUCAAAGAGAGCAAGGAGAUGCAGUUUCUCAUGCAAAAGUGGACUGGGAACAGUAAAGCCAAGACAGGCAUUAUCCUUAGUAAUGGGAAAGAAGGGGAGAUUUCGGUCCCCUAUCUAACAUCCAUCACGGCCCUUGUCGUGUGGCUUCCCGCAGGACCAACAGAAAAAAUUGUACGAGUUUUGUUUCCAGGAAAUGCACCCCAAAAUAAGAUUUUGGAAGGUCUUGAGAAACUCAAGCAUCUUGAUUUUCUGAAGUAUCCUGUAGCUACCCAGAAGGACGUGGCUUCUGGCACACCCUCCUCUGUGCUUAAACAGUCCAAGAUUAAACAACGGACAGACAGUAAAGAGAGCCUCAAGCUAUCGCUUAAGCCUCCUACCACAAAGGUAGUUGCUGAAGAGGGCUCUAAAGAGAUGAAGAUGGAGACAGUAAAAGAGGCCAAAACUGAGAAAAAAGGGAAAGAGCAUUCUGAAAUGCUUCAAGAGAAGCUGGUUAAAACAGAAAAAAUAAAAAUGGACUCCAGCGAUGCCCUUAAAGCUGAGAAAAGAAAACUGGCCAAAGACAAAGUUGGCAAAAAACAUCUCAAAGAGAAAGUUUCCAAACUGGAAGAAAAGAGAGACAAAGAAAAGAAAGAUGUUAAAAAGGAGAAGAGGGAGAUUAAAAAAGAUGAUGGAAAGAAAGAAGAAAGGAAAGAUUCCAGGAAAGAUGAAAAAAAGAAAGAAGCUAAACCAGAGUUGAAAAAAUUUUCUAAGCCAGACUUGAAGGCCUUUACCCCUGAAGUAAGGAAAACUUUAUACAAGGCAAAAGUUCCCAGUAGAAUAAAAACUGACAAAGUUCGUACCAAAACUGAAAAGUGUGCCACUGGAGAACAGAAGUCUCCAACUGUGCCAAAGAAGCAGGACCGGCCUCAAGACCCACCAAUUAUGGCUGAGGAGAGGCUUGUGAUAUCUUCACCAGAGGACCUGACCAAGGAUUUUGAGGAGCUGAGCUCUGAAGAGCAAAACGAGUCUCAUCCUGCAUCCGCUGCUUUAGUAGCAGAGGCCGUCUCCAAGGGUGCAGAAAGACAGGAUCCCUGCGACCUGGCUGUUGAAAAGGGGGUGCUGGUAUCCAAAGGGACCAGUAGUUCAGGAUUUCUUUUUCGGGCCAUGCCGGAGGAGGACAUGGCUUCCCCCAAAGGUGAGGUGAUGGAAGCAGGGAAGCCAUCUGAAAAACCUGAUGAGAAAGCAGCCUUGGCAGAGCCUCAUGGGCAAGAACUGGAUGAGAACGUCAGAAGGAGCGUCGGAGAACUUCCAGCAAAAGGGAAAGAUCAGAUACCAUCACCCAGGGAAGAAAGAAAUGCUGCUUUGGGAAGGGAUUGGGCGUCCCCGAGAGAAGACACAAGCUCAAAAGAGGAAGAUUUGUUUAAAAAGGCAGAGCUGGGAGGGACAUUAGAAGAAGACGCCAAGACAAAAGGCCAAGAGUUAGCAAAGAAGGAGCUUUGUCGAGUCCAGCCACCGCAAGGCCCACCUUUGCUUUCUGAUGGGAAAGGAAAAGAACACAAGGCAGAACGAGUGAACGCCAGCAAAGUACCUGGGAAGCUGCCAGGGAUAAGGGAAGGGGAGGACUCCUCUCACCUGGGAAGCAUCCCUUUCCCAUCAGGAGAACACAUCUCCUACAUCCAAGAUGAAACCAUCCCUGGCUACUCAGAGACAGAGCAGACCAUUUCGGAUGAGGAGAUCCACGAUGAGCCAGAGGAGAAGAUGGCACACUUCAAGCCAGACAUUGGCAGCUAUGACAUUGCAGGACCAGGUCAGAUAGACACCUUCGAAACGGCUCAUGGGAUCCAGACUCUCACAGCGCCUGAAGUGGCCAAAGGGUACGCUGGACAGGAACCCGAAAUCCUUGCCUACCCUACAAACCUCGUGGCAGCCCCCUUGGCCGAAGAGGAGCAUGUCUCCUCAGCAACAUCCAUCACAGAAUGUGACAAACUUUCCUCCUUUGCCACUUCUGUUGCUGAAGACCAGUCGGUCGCAUCCCUCACAGCUCCACAGACAGAGGAAACGGGCAGAAGUUCCUUCCUGUUGGAUACAGUGAACAGCAUACCUUCCUCUCGAACAGAGGUCACCCAAGGCCUAGAUUACGUGCCUUCUGCUGGCACGAUUUCUCCCACGUCUUCCCUAGAAGAAGACAAAGGCUUUAAGUCUCCUCCUCCAGAAGACUUCCAUAGUCAAACGGAAAGCGAGAAGAAACUUGAGGCCUGCAAGAAAGUUUUACAGCAGCAGCAGCAAGAAAUUCCACACUUUGAGAGGCCUUGGCAAGCAGAAGAACAUUACAGUGCCCUAGUGUUUGCACAGCAAGGGCCCCUGGGAGAUAGUCCAAGUGAAAGAUCCAUGGAAGGACCUCAAAAAACCACCCUGCUUUUGAGUGAAGCAAAUGCACACUUGCUGCAGGUACAACAAGGCACAGGCGAUGCUGAAGAUCGCUGCAUAAGCCCUGAUGACAGCACAGUCAAGAUGGCAUCUCCCACCCAAUCAGGCCCCACUAGUGCAGGGCACACACCUUUUCAUCAAUCCCCUAUAGAGGAAAAAUUGGACACCGCAGAAGCAGAGAUGUUUGAAAAGGCAGCAAAGUCUCCUGUAAUGGGGAUUGAAAUAGAAGGACCCGACAGAGCAAUGAAUGUAUCCAGAACAUUUGAAGGUGAGGGGGAGCAUCAUGAAAUCAAGAAGACAUGCCUUCAUGACGUGCCUGGCCUGGAAGCAGCAGCCAUCCCGCACGCAGGAUUUUUAUCUGCACUGGAUGAAGACAGGAACCAGAAUUUGGAGAAAGAGGAGCUAGCAAUAAGCUUCUACCACAAGCAAGAAACUAUUGAUAUUUCUGACCUGGAUCUUCCCACUAAAGAUAACCUUCUAGAGACCUUAAAAGAUGCUUCAUCUAAGAAUGUCGACACUGCUGAGGAAGCAUCCCAUGAACCUGUCGUUAGGUCUGAGAUUGAGGAGUUCUCUGCUUCAGAAAUACCUCCGCCAAAAGGAUGGGAAGCAAUUUCAGACAUAUCUAGAGAUGAAAAAUCUUCACAAAUCAUUAAUUUACCAGGAGAAGAAAAAGCAUCUUCUUUUACUGACGAAAUUCCUGGGAAGACAUCAUGUUCUGAUAAUUUCAUCACUGAAAUAUCUCAAGAGAGCUUGCAUUUGACAGAAACUGGCUUAGAGCAAAAAGAGUCUGCUUCUCCAGAAGAUACUAAGCUUGUUCUGAGUCUUCAUGAAGAAACCCCUUCCUAUAUAUUCAAAGAAGAAGUUUCUCCAAGAGAUACUACACUUCUGCUUACAAAAGAGAGCCCUGUUAAAGAGGCAUCACUGGGCAUGCUUGUGGAACAUCUGUCUCCUAAAACUAAGCACCAAGCUUCUCCAGAAGGGAGCCCAAGUACAGAUGAAAGAUCAGAAACUGAUGUCAAAGAGGAUCCAUGCAUUGCCUCUUUAAACUUUCAGCAAAAUCCAUUUCUAGAUGCCACUAUAAUAAAGACUUCAGCAGACCCUUUUCUGGAAAAUGAAAGAUCAGCUUCCUUAACAGAAAAACAAACUCACGAGGAACUACCUCCCAAACAAACAUCUCCAGACCCAAAGUCUUCAGGCUUCACAUCAGAGAGCCCAGGUUUAGAUGCCUUGGAAUUUUCAUCUGGAGAGAAAGAACCUUGUCAAUUUCUGGGAAAGAAAGAGAAGACAAAUGAACUAUCUCCAAAAAUAGAAAAUUCUUAUCUGAGAGAAAUAGAUUAUGAGAAGAAAGUGUGGUUUCCAGAGGGAAUGAAGGAAGUACCAUGCAAAGAACCACAACUGAAAUAUGACAAAGAAAAGGGAGAGUCUACAUUUUUGGAUGAUGAGGUAGACAUGUCUGCGAAGAAGGAAGAAAACAUCCACUUCGUGGAGAUUAAAGAUAUUCCCAAACAGGGUGGUUUGGAUACUGAACAUGGCUCCAUUCAGGAAGCCGCUGCCGAUGAGAAGGGCGGCUUUUUAGUUGUUGAUGACAAAUCUGUGUUGAAAGAAAAGCCAGCUCCCCAAGCAGAUCCUAAUCAAGGUGUUUUGAAUUCAGAGAAAGCUGAACUUUGUAGCUUUGAAAAUAGUCAGUCUUUUGAACUUGAAAGUGAGCCAAAACCAAGUCUGGAAUGGGCUUUUGUGUCCUUUCCACCCCAGGCCACGAUGCCCACUUCAGUGGAAGGAAAAGAAGAACCUCUCCCUGAAUCUAAUCAAGUAACGGAGAAAGUGACCCCACAACUGUCUUUUGACCCCAUGAGUGAAGCUGUGAAGAUCCAGGAGGGAAACCAAAAUGCUGAUGAGAAAUCAUCUGAGCAUCUUUAUGAUCACCCAGAUGGAAAUGGAAAGCAGCCAAGAACUUCUGCAGCUCUUCUGAACGUAGAUGUGGGGUCACAGGAGAACAGACAGUUUUAUCCUGACCAAGAUGGCGGAGGAAGCAGGGACCUUGACAUCCCUUCACAAGAUGCACAUUCUUUUGGCCAAAGCAAGUGCUCUGAGUGGCCAGGCGCUCUGGACCCCUCCGGUCCUUUGGAGUCACACGAUUCCAAAGCGAAGUUGGGUGAGAAAAGGCAAGAGAAUGAAGAGAGGGAAUCAACCCCCUACCCUCAUGAAAGAACUUUCCAGUAUGCUGAUGUCUAUGGGAGUAUGGCGAUGUCUGAUGUUGGCCACCCUGGAAAGGAUGCCGUGGCCAAGAGUCCUCAAGCAUUGAGACCUCAGAAGGAGGAAUUCCUCUACCCCAUUUCCUCCAAAGAAGAAGAUUCUUACCUCUCCACUCCUACUGAGAAAGAACUCUCAUCCCCAUGUUCGCCAAAGGUUACGAUGGGGCAUUCCUUUCAAUACGCGGAGGUUAUCGAGCAGUGUUUGCAGGAUCCAUGUUCCAUGACAUCCACAGACACACAAUCUAAGGAAAGCCCACCAGAAAGCCCAAUGAGCCUCCAGCCUGCCUCCUCUUUGGGAGAUACGACCUUCAGGGACAUGUUUAAUCAGAAAGAUCUCAUCAUCCCCUCUGAAACGAUGAGCCCUUCAGAUAGAAAACUCAGCCAGGUCCAGGAGUUUCCUUCUUCAGCAGGUUUCCAUCCCAAGGACAUUUAUUACGAGAAAGCUGAAAGAGAAGACAGCGCUAGUGACUCCGAGCUAGAGAAAGGUGCCAAGGAGAGGUCAGAAAAAGAACCAGAGUAUUCAACAGUGAAGCGAAAGGAACUCUGUACUGUCUCAGAGAAGGACAACAUCUCUGUCCCAGGGCAAGAGGUCUAUGAUGGGUCAUUGGGAGAGGGAAGUCACUCCAAGAAAACAGCCAGUGACAGCCUUGCGGAUCCCAGCAGACAGGAAGGGGGCUCAAAUGUGCCCCAGGUGGCCACUGAGCAACACUCCCAGGAGGAAAAGCAAAAGGACCUCUCGGAAAAAGCCUGUGAUGAUGUUGACCCCAAAAGCUUUUUACUUGCAGCCUCUGCUAAAGACAAGGACUCCCCAAAGGGACCCGUCCUCCUGCCUAAAGGGCUCGAUUGUUCUUCCUCCGGAUUUGAACUUUCUUGCCUGGAAAAGCAUGAGCCCUCCAUUUUGUUCAGACACGAAGCCCAUUUCUCCUCACACUUGGAGCAUAAAUCUCUCACCUUAAGCACGCCUGAACCUGCAAGAAAGGGUCAAGAAGAUGAAUACUUAGAGGUAUCAAAAAAAGGGGAUUCCCCCUUUGUAGAGCUAUAUGAAGAAGAAGAAGAAGAAGAAGAAGAAGGAAAGCUCCCUUUGUGGACAUCCCCAGAUUAUCUGAUCCACAAGGGAUCAUCCAGCAUCCCUGAGGAAACUUUCUCGGGGACCUCUCUCUCUGCGGGGCACCCAACAGGCGGCAGCCCCCUCCCUAGCCUCCAGUACAUCUCAGGGGCCAGGGCUGCAGAGACAGGGGCUCAGAGCCCACACAUCCUCUCUCAGCUGCUUUCAGAAGAGGCCGCUCUAGAUGCAGUAGAGGAUGUAGCCUCUGCCGGCACAAAGGCCGUGCAGCCCUCGGAAUCCACUUGCGCAGUCGGCUGUCGGCCACAGCCAGCAAGCCCCCAAGAAUGGCCAGCAGCAACCGCUCCCCUCCCUAAUGUCCUGGCUGGUUCUCCUCGUGGUCAGCAAGAGGCAGGAGCCACCGCUAAUGGCCCCACAGAAGUCAAUCCACUCACUUUUUAUGAUUCAUCAUCACCCAUUUCAGAACAAUCCAGGCGGGCGGGGGAGGGGCAGGAGGAGGUUUGUGAAAGGCAGAGCCGUCCCCUGUCCCUGGUGAGCCCUUCCCAAGAGGACUUCCCAAGUACACGGUUGAGCAGCCAAACGGAGGAGCACGGAGGCACUUGCCAAGCAGUGGAGCCGUGCUUCACAGCCAUAUCUCACUGUGGGCAGAAAUCGUACGAGCGUAAGCCAAGAAAGGGCGAAUUAUCUCCAUCAUUCAUCAAUCCAAGUCCUCACGAUUCAUCAGAAGACAGUGAAUUUUCACAGGUCAAAGGCCCCGUUUCAGUCAAAGGAAAGCCACAUUCAGUUCCUGGUGGCCACAGAGCAGCUACUUCUGCUGUGGAAGAAACUCCUCCCACCUCUGCCAGUGAUUCAGGGACUUCCCAGUCAGACUCAGAUGUUCCUCCAGAAACGGAGGAAUGUCCCUCAAUUACAGCAGAGGCAGCCCUAGACUCAGAUGAAGAUACCGAUUAUCUCCCAGUCGACAAAACUGCAGGCAGUUCCCAGCAUGGCACAAAGUCUGGCCAUGACCCCCAGCCUGCUUCUUCAGUAGACCCCCAGCCUCAGCCUCCACACCCAGAUGUCUGCAUGAUGGAUCCUGAAAUCCUGCUUAUUGAGCAGAACCUGAACAGACUUGACAAGGUGCCCAAGAAGGGCCUGAAGGAUAAAAACAAAGCAUCAAAGAAGCUUCUGGGCAAGUCCAAGUCCUCCUCCUCCUCCUCCCAGAAAGCAGAUAAGCCCUUACUUAGUCCCAUGAAACAACCAUCUUCAAAGCCAGCGAUGGCCAGGAAAGAGAAACUGCUCAAGCCACCCACGGAAGACCGAGAGGAGGGUUCUCGAAGCACCCACACCAGCCCUGGCAAGAACCUCAUCACUGGUGUCAAAACCGGCCCAGUUUCCAGCAGCCCCAAAAGCUCCUCCACCUCACCUGGAACGCCUGUCUACGUGGACUUGGCUUACGUCCCCAACCACUGCAGCGGGAAAAAUACAGACCAGGAGUUCUUCAGGAGAGUCAGAGCUUCUUACUAUGUUGUCAGUGGGAACGACCCCAGUAGUGGGGAGCCCAGCCGUGCCGUCCUGGAUGCCUUGUUGGCGGGAAAAGCCCAGUGGGGGGAGAACCUGCAGGUAACUCUAAUCCCAACACACGACACAGAGGUGAUGCGAGAAUGGUACCAGCAGACGCACGAGAAGCAGCAGGAGCUGAAGAUCAUGGUCUUGGCCAGUAGCAGCACCGUCGUGAUGCAGGAUGAGUCUUUCCCUGCCUGCAAGAUCGAGUUCUGA